UGGAAUUCAUUGGAAUAAUCAGGAUUGGGACAGCUCCUGGGCAAGAGUGAUAAAUUUAUCAGAGGGAUAAAUACCGGAGAGGAAUUAUUUAAGCUCAGUACCAAUGUGGACAUAAGAAUAAAUGGAUAUAAACUGGCCAUCGGGAAGUUUAGAUGAAGGUUUCUAACCAUCAGAGGAGUGAAGUUUUGGAAUAGCCUUCCAAGGGAAGCAGUGGGGGCAAAAGAUCUAUCUGUCUUUAAGAUUAAACUCAGUAAGUUUAUGGAGGAGAUGGUAUGAUGGGAUAACAUGAUUUUGGUAAUUAACUGAUCUUUAAAUAUUCAUGGUAAAUAGGCCUAAUGGCCUGUGAUGGGAUGUUAGAUGGGGUGGGAUCUGAAUUACUACAGAAAAUUCUUUCCUGGGAAUCUGGCUGGUGAAUCUUGCCCAUAUGCUCAGGGUUUAGCUGAUUGCCUUAUUUGGGGUCGGGAAGGAAUUUUCCUCCAGGGCAGAUUGGAAGAGGCCCUGGAGGUUUUUCGCCUUCCUCUGUAGCAUGGGGCACGGGUCACUUGCUGGAGGAUUCUCUGCUCCUUGAAGUCUUUAAACCACGAUUUGAGGACUUCAAUAGCUCAGACAUAGGUGAGAGGUUUUUCGCAGGAGUGGUGGGUGAAAUUCUGUGGCCUGCGUUGUGCAGGAGGUCAGACUAGAUGAUCAUAAUGGUCCCUUCUGACCUUAGUAUCUGUGAAUCUCAGAGUUCUGUCUUAUUUCCUUUAAAAAAAAAAAAACAGUAAAAAAUGACUGAAACUUCAUGAAGGAUUUUUGCUGUCAUUGAAUCUUUCCAGGUUGCAUUUUGGUGAGCGGAAUUGGAUGACUACUUCCCUGUAACAAACACUUUCCAGACUGUUUCUUGCCAUAUGUUAUGUGCAGAAUCACAUCCAGCAAUGUCUGCUAGCUCUACUAUGUAGAUUAGUGCUUCAGAUCUUGUCUAUCUUGGGAGAUUCUGUGGUGACUAGAGAAUGAGUGAAAUUGUGACAGAGACCACAUUGAAAGCUGCAGCGAUUGAGGGGAAGUGAUUUUUAAUCAUUAUAAUCACUUUGUAUUUUGUUGACGCUUCUUUUACUGCACUUCGGAGAAAAGAUGUCUCUUUAAGCUACACAACUUCGUCCCUUCAGUUCAGAUGUGAGUGCUCAAAGUACCCAUUUCUGAGACCCCCAGCAGACUUCACAUUCCUGUUUUUUGACAAGGAGAGUGCCAGGCACAUUGAUGAAGUUGCCAUGGAAGCUUCAAACAGGAAUGUUACCAGCCCGACCCGCAAAGUCCAAGCAAUCAUCCAGAACAGCCCUCUGGACCUAAUAGACAUGGGCAAGGGGCUGAAGGUCCAGACCGAUCAGCCACAUCUGGUGAGCUUGGGCAGUGGCAGGCUUAGCACCGCCAUCACUCUCCUGCCCCUAGAAGAGGGGAGGACCAUGAUCGGCUCGGCUGCUAAGGACAUUGUUCUUCAGGGGACUGGGUUGGCCUCUGAGCACUGCUACAUCGAGAAUGUGUGUGGGACCCUCACCCUGCACCCCUGCGGGAAUGUCUGUGCCAUUGAUGGCCUGCAGGUUAAGCAGCCCACUCGCCUGACACAAGGGUGCAUGAUCUGCCUGGGGCAGUCGACCUUCCUCCGGUUUAAUCACCCUGCUGAGGCCAAGUGGAUGAAAAGCAUGAUCCCAGCUGGAGAAAGGAGUCCUGGGGCCCCAUAUGGACUCAUGGCAGAAUCGGAGAGUCUAGUGAAUGGCAACCACCAGCUGUCUCUGAAUGAUAUCCAUAAGGGGCAGGGAGUGAGGCCCCGGCCCAGCCACAGCUCCCUGGUCAGCUCCAUCGAGAAGGACCUGCAAGACAUCAUGGACUCUUUGGUGAUGGAGGACUCGAGCUCUUCCAGAAAAAAGCUCUCUGCCAAUGUCCAGUCCCCUGUGUCCUCAGUGGUGAAUGGUGGCGGGCACUACUUCUUGUCCCCACCCUUGAGCCCUGGGGCCAUGUCUGUGGGCUCCAGCUAUGACAACGCAUCACCACCCUUCUCCCCGCUUUCAUCCCCAGCCAGCAGUGGCAGCUACACUAGUCACUCUCCCAGUAGCCAGGAGCACGGACCUCCCAUCCCCCCAGUGGUGCCAGUGCGAUCUUCCAGCUACAACCAUGCAAUGCAGCCCCCACAGCAGCGGCCACUUCCACCUCCAUGUGGGGGCUCCAGCCUGGACUUGAGGAACAGCACCAUGGACACAAGUGAGACACAACUUGCAGAGAGUCCUAAGAUGCAGAGGAGGGCAGUGCAUGGCAUUCCCCUGAGCCCCACGCCUGGCCAGAGAGCCCUGCACCCUGAAGGCCCUGGGCUUUCAGCCUUUUCCAGUACCCGGAGAGCUGUUGAAAGCACACAGCUGGGCCAUCCUAACCAGCACAUGCCCCCGGUGUCUGUAAGCCUGAGCGACUAUGUAACAGGGAGCCCCCAGGCUCAGCCUACCAGCAGCCCCCGGCUGGCACCCAAAUUUCAGUCACCAUCUGCUCAGAGGUUGAAAAUGGUAGCUCUUCAAGAGCGCCCACCCAGCCCCUUUAGGGAGGGCAGGGAGCCCCCUGGCAUUGACAGGCACCUGGCCUCCAGCCCCUCCCGGCAGAUGUUGGCAAGAGUCUUCCAGCCCCUGGAGACUGCGGGUUUCAUCCACAUCAAUCAGGACAGCCGCUCUCUGCAGCCCCCUGAGAGUCCCAGAAUGAGCAGAAGGAGCGUGGAGAGCAUGAGGGACUUGCCUCCCCUCAGCCCUUCCCUGUCUCGCCGGGCAGCACCGCUGCCCUCUGCCUUGUCUCCCCAAGCAAGGACCCCCCAAGAAAGUCCCUCUCAACAGACCAAGCUGGCCAAGGAGGUUCCUGAGAGCCCUCGCAUCCGGCGCAAGGCAGCCAGGCCCCUGGAGAGGCAUGAAGACUUCUCCUCCUCCUCCUCCUUGACGGGAAAGAAUUUGAGAACCAGGAGCCCCUCACCCAUCUUCCAGUCAGAACUUACUUCCCAGCAUAAGCCCAGCUUCGGCAUCACCCUCAGCCCUGCAUACAGCCUGGGGUCACUGGUCAUGCCCUCACCCCGUCAGAGCCCCCGGGCACAGAGGAAGCUGUCAGGAGAUCUGCGGCUGUCUGUGAGUACGAGGGAGCGCAAAAACAGCAUCACUGAGAUCAGUGACAAUGAGGAUGACCUGCUAGAGUAUCACCGACGCCAGCGCGAGGAGCGGCUGCGUGAGCAGGAAAUGGAACGCCUGGAGCGCCAGCGCCUGGAGACCAUCCUGAACCUGUGUGCGGAAUACACCAGAACUGAUGGCAUCACAGAGACAGGCAACUCGCACCAGCACUUCCCAAGUGACGGAGAUGCCACCACCAACAUCCUGACAGCCAGGAGGCACUCCAGGGGCUCUGCCAGCUUGGCUGCCUUGGGCCUUGGCAAGGCCAUAGUGGAAACUGGAGAGGCCACAGGGCCCCAGCAGAGGGAGAGCCUGGAGAAAUCAGAUGAGGAGAAUCUGAAGGAGGAAAGUAGCAGCACGGAGAGCACACACCACGAGCACGAGGACUCAACGGGCUCCAAGACCAAGGAGGCUGCCCUGCUGGAGGAGGAGUGGGUGCGGGUGCUGGGCCAUGUGGAUGAGCUCAAGAGCCAUGUCAAGGAGCUGGAGCAGCAGCUGCAGGAGUCGUCCCAUGAGGCGGAGAUGGAGCGGGCACUGCUGCAAGGGGAGCAGGAGUCGGAAGUGAUACAGCUGCAGCAGGAACAGAAGAUCGUGCAGCAGCUGCAAGAGAAACUAUGCGAGCUGGACUCCAGCAUCCAGAAGGAGCGGGACAAGGAAAGGGCAAAGGUUGAUGCUGAAAGGAAGGAGCUAGAGAAACUCCAGGCGCUUUACAAUGAGUCGAAGAGCCAGCUUGAUAACUGCCCUGAGUCAAUGCGGGAGCAGUUACAGGACCAGAUGAGAAGGGAGGCAGAGGCCCUGGAGACAGAAACCAAGCUGUUUGAGGACUUGGAGUUCCAGCAGCUGGAAAAGGAGAGUCGCCUGGAGGAGGAGCGUGAGACCGUGAGCCAGCAACUCCUGCAGAGCAAGGCUGAGUGCCACCGCAGUAUCGCCAAGAGGAAGGAGCGGGUGGCUGCAUUGGAAAGCCAGGCCAAUCACAUCCGGCUCCAGGCUGCCCAGGAGUCUGAGCGCCUUGCCAAGGAGAAGAAUACUGUGCUCCAGCUGCUGCAGAAGGAGAAAGAGAAGCUUGUCUCCCUGGAGAGACGGUACCAUCUUGUUACCGGCGGCAGGAGCUUCCCCAAAACAUCAUCUGCACUCAGAGAGGAAUACAUGAGGCUGUCUGACGUUUUCAGAUUCUACUGCAAUGUGUACGGCCCUGGCCAGGACACUAAAGCUUCUGCUGCUGCCCCUGCUGCUGCUGCUCCACUCUCUUGCUUGCCUGCUGUACCUCCUGCAACCAAUGAGUACGUGACUGUUGACCAGCUCUCAGGGAUUCUGGGCAAUGUCAGAGCUGACCUAGGGCUAGCCUCUCCUGCUUCCCCAUGGGGCCAUCCCACUUCAGGUUUCGCCCCUCAAGCUGCUUCGUCUGCAGGCUGCCUUCCUUCUCCUGUGCCACCUCUCUCCUCUUCCUUCAUCUCUGCUGAGAUGGAGAAGCAGCUUCAGGGGGGCCCAGUGCAGCUUUCUGCCCUGGAUUUAGAGAAGUGGUACAUGGCUGGCUUCGAGGCCUCCUCCCCUGCCUCUCCUCACUCUUCCCCUCCUCCUCUUCCUGCUAAAGCUCACUCUUCUCGAAAGCUGUUCCAGGUCUAUCGUGCUAAGAUGGACAGCGACCCUGGCAGCAGCCUCCCACGCACAAAGAGCGGGUCUGCAUCAUCCUCACAGCUCAGUGUGGCCACGCUGGGACGCAGCUCGUCCCCAAAGGGUCCCCUGCACCCACAGAAUGGCACAGGUAGCCUGCCACGGAACCUGGCAGCCACACUACAGGACAUCGAGACCAAACGCCAGCUGGCCCUGCAGCAGAAGGGGCAGCAGGUGAUUGAGGAGCAGAAGCGGCGCCUGGCGGAGCUGAAGCAGAAAGCAGCUGCUGAGGCGCAGUCCCAGUGGGAAGCCCUGCACGGGCAGCCUCACUACCCCCCUUCUUCCUACCCUCCGCUCAUGCAUCACUCCAUUCUCCAUCAUCAUCCUUCCCAUGGCAUCGGGCACCGGGCCGAGGACAUGGACCACGCCUAUGACACACUCAGCCUGGAGAGCUCAGACAGCAUGGAAACCAGUAUCUCCACUGGUGGCAACUCAGCCUGCUCGCCUGAUAACAUGUCCAGUGCCAGUGGGGUGGAGGCAGUGAAGAUUGAGGAGAUGGAGAAGAUGCUGAAAGAGGCCCAUGCAGAGAAAUCUCGCCUGAUGGAGUCACGGGAGCGUGAGAUGGAGCUGCGGCGACAGGCCCUGGAGGACGAGCGCAGGCGACGGGAGCAGCUGGAGCGGAGGCUGCAGGAUGAGACGGCUCAUCGGCAGAAGCUGAUAGAGAAGGAGGUCAAGAUGCGAGAGAAGCACUUCUCCCAGGGCGGCGACUGCCAUUGGGGUGGCACUGACGAGGCUGCGUUGCUUCUCCAGGCACGGCCAUUGACCAGGUAUCUCCCCAUCCGCAAGGAGGAUUUCGACUUGAAGACACAUAUUGAGUCCUCAGGCCACAAUGUGGACACCUGCUGUCAUGUCAUCCUGACCGAGAAGAUGUGCAAGGGAUACCUGGUCAAGAUGGGUGGCAAGAUCAAGUCCUGGAAGAAGCGUUGGUUCGUCUUCGACCGUAUGAAACGCACAGUCUCCUACUAUGUUGAUAAACAUGAGACGAAGCUCAAGGGAGUGAUCUAUUUCCAAGCCAUAGAGGAGGUUUAUUAUGACCAUCUCCGCAGUGCUGCUAAGAAAGGACUUUUCAACCUCAGCCUAGCAAAUCAACUAGCAGAUAUUCUCCCCAUUCACUUCCGAAGAGAGAGUCCCAACCCAGCUCUUACCUUCUGCGUCAAGACCCACGACCGCCUCUAUUACAUGGUGGCACCAUCAGCUGAGGCCAUGAGGAUCUGGAUGGAUGUCAUUGUGACUGGAGCAGAAGGCUACACCCAGUUCAUGAAUUGAUGGGGACCAGGAGUGCUUAAGGUGGAGCUGUUCCAGACCUGCCUUCUCCUCUUCUCCCAGAUGGAUUUGCCAUUGACAGUCCAAGAUAACCUAGAGGCCCCACCACCACCUGGUACAGCAGACAGCCAUUUCCAUCUCCUGCCACCUGGGGUGUUUAUCCCGCAGCAAGAAGAUCUUGAAUAUAAGGGUUGGUUAAACAUGCAGAUGUUGGCUGUAUCAUGCCCUUUGGGCCCUGGUUGGUUAAACCUCCCUGCUGACUAGAGGGGCCUGGCUCCAGGCCCAGCACUCUUGCCAUCUUGCCAUUUUCCCAAGAGAGCUUUGGGAUGUUGUCUGAAUAAAUGUGGGGUGGUUGAUUUUCCAGUGGGGGGGAUGUUAAAAAAAACAAAACAAAAAAAAACAGGAAAAAUCAGCCGUGUAAAGCCAGGAUUUUUUUGUUACAAAAUCCUUAUUUUUUCAUAUUGUAGCCAUUCCUUGUGGAAUAGUGGAAUCGCUGUGGCGUUUCCCCUUCUGCCUGCACCAAAUGCCCUGUGCUUUCUAUUAAACACAGUGUAGGUGAUAAGAGUGAAGGCACGGGCCUAGCUAGUGCACAGGUGUGGUGUAAUCGUUCUCACAUGGAACAGAGGUGUUAAGCAAGGCUGGCACAGAGGCCCAGCGAAGAGGGUUUUUUAUAUAACAAAAACAGUACAGAACAGGCUUUUUUAUUUUUCAAUGGAAGCAUCAAUGGGCUAAAAGGUACAAAGCAGAAGAGCUGCCAAAGACCAUCCCACCGGUACCAGUGCAAACUAGGCCUGAAGCUUUUGGAUUAAGGAACUAAGCUAUCUAAAUGCUGCCACUUUUUAAAAUUGGAGAUUGUUGGGCAUCACCCUGACAACUGCAUCACAGAUGCAUCUGGCGUAUCCUACCAGCACCUGUGACCAGACCCCAGUUUGCCCCACUGUCUGCUUGUUUCCUUUUCUUGUGCCAUUCUCACCAGUGCCAAGGUUGCUGCAGGUGCCAGCAUGUGCACCAUGACAGUCCGGCCAGAUUUACUGCAGCUGCCUGUAACAGUGAGGGGUCUGUCUGUGUCAGACAUCUCUCUGCUCUCCUGUGCCUUGACCACGUCUGAGGAUCUGUGCAUCAGCCCAGGCAAGGUGCCUGGCUGGAAGGUUCUGAUGGGUUAUGGUGUGGUGUAAAGGUGGAAGUAGUUGUGCCAGGUGUGCAAAUGUUGUGGAAUGAGGGGGAAUAUUUAUGUCUGCCAGGGCUUGUGAUCUCUCUCAUGCACUAGGCACAGAGGUGUAGUCUAAUGGAACAAAUGGCUUGUUCUGCUGACACUGUGAGCUUUAAAAAGUGCCUCGCCCAAAGGAGAUACUAGGAGAGCAAGGUAAGAAGAAUGCAAAGCCUACAGUUAACUGUCUGCACAUGCCUCAUGGGGUGUCAGAGCCUAAAUUCACUUCUAAAGGCCAGAUGGUGUGAGGUGCUGAGCCCCCUCAACGUCCCAGAGAGCUGAGGGUGCUCAGCCUGUUGUAGCAUUUGGCCCAUACUAUCCAAGCCUGAAGCUGCUCCAGCUGUAGAAGUGGAAGUGACAGCACUCAAGUGCUUUGCUGACUGGCUAAAGAAUUGGGCCCCUUGCCAUCUUGUGCCCCUUUAAAGUGGCUAACUAUACCUACCCCCAUUAGCAAAAUCCAGCUGAGAGCUAGGAAUUUCCACAGCCUUCCUCUCGGCCUUAGUGAAGAGUUAAGUUUCACACAGCUGAAAAUCCCUUGAAAGAACAAGAGUAUUUAAAUCCCACCUUGCUUUUAUAACCUUGAAAUCCUUAUUUUCUAAAUAUCUUUUUUAACCCUAGGUAUCUGAAUUCCUAAAGUGCCACUGCUGUUAGGCCUAGCUCUCCUUUUGUCCAGUUUGUACCUCCCUCUGCUGACCUAGGCUGGGGGCAGGCAGCAGCCAAUCCAGCCUCUCUCCUUUUUCAGUAGUUGUAGACAGACUGCAAACAAUAAAGCCUUUUGAGUAACAGA